UCCUCCACAGCCACAGAGCCAGAGACUCCAAACUCGUGGUUACCAUCUCGGCACCUCGUCGGAGAACAGAGCAACCUGCCCGCCCGAGCCACUCAGAGGAAGAAGAUGGCCUCGUCCGCAUCCUUGCUCCACGCUUCCACGCUCGCCCCAGCCUCCUCGCGGCCCCUGCCGCGUCGCGGGCUCCCCCCGUCACAGCUCGACCUCCGCCCCAGCCGCCGUCACCACGGCGUCUCGGUCUCACUCGCCGCCUCGUCAUCCGCCGCGUCGCCGGAGGUGGAGAAGGAGCCCUCCUCGCCGUCCACCCCGCCGCCGGGCGAGUCCUCAGCCCUAUCGGCCGUGGCGGAGAGCGUGAAGGUGCUCAAGGAGGCGGCCAAGACGAGGAAGGUGCCGGCCCCGGAGGUGCUGGCGGCGCUGGCCAAGAUCAAGAAGGCCAAGCUCGACACCUCCGCCUUCUUCGAGACGCUCGGCGGGACCGAGUCCCCCGGCAGGACAUGGAAGCUCAUCUUCACCGCCCAGGGUAGUAAGCUCGGCAAAGGCAGCUACUUCCCGGUGACCGCCGUCCAGCGCUUCGACGCCGCGGGGCAGAGGAUCGAGAACGGGGUGUACCUGGGCCGGGCGGGGAGCCUGAGCUUCGAGGGGCGGCUGUCGUGGAAGAAGAAGAUCCUGGCCUUCGUCUUCGAGCGGGUGCGCCUCAAGCUCGGGCCGCUGGGCCCCCUGGAGAUCCCCAUCGGCGGCGGCGGCGACGUGGGCAGGGAGCCGAGCACCAAGGACCCCUUCUUCCUGUGGUUCUACGUGGACGAGGAGGUCGCGGUGGCGCAGGGCAAGGGCGGCGGCACCGCAUUCUGGUGCCGCUGCAAGCGCGUCGACGGGCAAGGGCGGCGUCCCGCCUUCUGGUACUUCGGUUUCAACAUAAUUUAGAUAGAUCAGCCAGCGUCCAUCUCUCUGUCUAGUCUGGCUGUAGCUAAAUGUUUUGGUGUUCAUCGCCUUACUGUAUAGUACUCCUACUAUACAGGUAUAUACGAUCAUGUAUGUACACAGAUGGGAUGUAACUACACUACUUCUACUUGCAUAGCUUUUCGUUCUGCCUUUGUA